AUGUCCUUCAGCAAAGCAGAAUACCAGAAGGAAGAUUUCCUAGCCGAUAUGCCCCCAGUGCCAGAAGGGGAGUUCUGCGUUUUCGGCACAGUGUAUGCGCACCCAGAGCAUGCAGAUGCUCUCGAGGCUGUAUACGCGGAGACAACACGGCUCGCUGCUUCCGAGCCGGGCUGCAUAUACUACUGCAUAUGUCGAGACAGCGAUGACCCUACGGUCUUCCACUUCUUCGAGCGCUAUGCCGGUCGACUUGCAUUCGAGGAGCACAAUGCACAGCCUAUCAUUCGGAAGUUGAUACACGAUCAGUUGUUCAAGGGCGUGAAGGCGAAAUUUGUGGAGGCUAUCAAGCCGGCAAGCCCGUGA